ACAAAUUACCGCCACCAUCUUCUUUAAUUACCUCCAUUUAGGGACACAUUGAUCCAGCACUGCUGUAUCACAAAUUCACAAGCUGCGAGGACCAAGAGCUGCCUGACACAAAAUCCACAGCACCGUAGAUGACGAAGAGAGACAGCACCACCGGUGUUCCUCUGCUGGCUGUUCUUCUUCCCGUUCUGCUGUCGUGGAUCGCCGUCUCCUCCGUCGCGUCAUCGGAGGUGGCGCGCCUACAAGUCGGUUACUACAACCGCACUUGUCCCCGGGCGGAGGACCUCAUCCGCAACAUCGUCCACGCCGCCAUCCGGCGAGACCCCGGCAAUGGCCCCGGCCUCGUGCGCCUCUACUUCCACGACUGCUUCGUCAGGGGGUGCGACGCGUCCGUGCUUCUGGACACCGCCCCCGGCAGCAACGCGACCUCGGUGGAGAAGGCGUCGCAGGCCAACAACCCAAGCCUCCGGGGGUUCGGCGUCAUCGACCGCGCGAAGCGCGUGCUGGAGCGGCGGUGCCGGCGGACCGUCUCCUGCGCCGACAUCGUCGCCUUCGCCGCGCGCGACGCCUGCCGCAUCAUGGGCGGGAUCGGCUUCGCCGUGCCAGCGGGCCGCCGCGACGGCCGCGUCUCCAACGCCUCCGAGGUGCUCGGCAACCUCCCCGGGCCCUUCGCCAACGUCACCAACCUCGUCGGCUCCUUCGCCGCCAAGAACCUCACCGCCGACGACAUGGUCGCGCUCUCCGGCGCGCACUCCUUCGGCCGCUCCCACUGCUCCGCCUUCUCCUUCCGGCUCUACCCGCGGAUCGCGGAGGAUAUGAAUGCCACCUACGGCGCGCGCCUCAGGAAGCGGUGCCCCGCGGCGACGGGCCGCCGGGACAGGGUGGUGGACCUGGACCCGAGGACGGAGCUCCUGCUGGACAACCAGUACUACAGGAACGUGCAGACGCGGGAGGUGCUCUUCACGUCGGACGUGACGCUGCUCAGCCAGAACGACACGGCGGCGCUUGUCGACCUCUACGCGCGCAACCGGACGCUGUGGGCGGCGCGGUUCGCGGCCGCCAUGGUCAAGAUGGGCCACCUCGACGUGCUCACCGGCAGCCAAGGGGAGAUCAGGAAAUUCUGCAACAGAGUAAACUAGCUAGCUAUAGUUAAUUUCUCUGUAUGCAUAUUAAUUUUGUUUCGGUCGCUGAGUUGGCGAAAAGUUAGAUAUUGGCCGUUUCUUUUGGAGUUCAAAAAAAUUCAUUGUAUUAGUUUCUGAAAAACAACCUUCGUUGCAUAGAGCAUUG